AUGGCUUCUGCCAGUGGUCAGUUUGUGCCUGGGAACAUGAAAGCCCCGCUUGGGGAUCUACACCGAUCCCACACCGUCCGCAUGCUGCAGCAAUCCUCGAAGUACAGCCCCGAAAAGACUGUCACCACGGAGCCCACCGAGAUUGCUUCAACCCCUCGCAAGGCCCCGGAAACCAGGGAGACUUUGUCUAUCGAGGUUGGUGACAGCCCACCAAAGGCCAAUGGAGACCAGCAGCACCCGCCCCCAAGCAACGGCAAACCGAAUGUUCGAAGGCAGCUGUUCCCUAGCCUUCGAAGGGUAUCUCCCAAGAAGAAAGCAGCAGCCACUCCCAAGCCCGACGGCGAGCAGCUUCGGAAGCUGCUGCUGGACCAUGGGACGUUUCAGAAGGUAGAGGGGGUCCUGGAGAAGUGGCAUUUGCAGAAGAAGAAAUCCGCGGAGAAGGGGGGCCUUGUAACAAAGGAGUGGCUUGUGCAGAAGAGGACCAUGGCGGACAAUGCCUUUGAGUGGGCGAGACGGAAUGGGAGGCUCUUCAAGUCGGAGAUUCAUGGGGCCGAGGAGGCUGAUAUUCCCUUGGAGUGGUCAUGGGAGAAUAGCAAUGAAUCAGGGCAAAAGACCGGGUUCACGAGCUCAUUCAGCAUGGAUGUGCCUAGUCAUAUAGAGGUGGAAAACUUCCUCAUUUCCUCUCUGUCUCUCUCUCUCUCUCUGUCUCUCUCUCUCUCUCUCUCUCUCUCUUCUCCUCUCCAUCUCUCGGUGGCCCACGCGCUCACUCACUUGUCUCUCGCUAUGCCUUCUUCAGCGUGGAUUGUGCUGAGCCCAGGACCCGAACUGUGCAUUGCUGCAGCCGGGCAGCGAGGACCUGGGCAAAUUCCAGGUGGCAAGGACCGGGGACAAGGCCAACGAUUCCGUUGCCACAGCUCAGGCUGGGGCUUCGUUUAA